GUAGCCGGAGAAGCGAAAGAGAAGCGAAAGAGGGUCAACAAUUCGCGUCCCUCUGUGCUUCACACUCAAGACUUGUGGAAAGAAUGGAAUGGACUUUACUUUUCAGUCGAGGCAACUCGCUGUCAUGUGGAUGUACUUCAGUCAGCUGCUGCUGUUGAAGCAGUAAACAUGGCAAGUCUCCUAGCACAGAGAGGAGGGAGGCUGUCUGGAGAGGAUUAUCAGGACCAAAAAUGAAGAAACUUUCUGUCUGAUUGAGGAGAAACUCCUGCAAACAUGAACCCAGAAUCUCUCGACCUGUCCAUCCAGAGUGCCCUGUCGGCCCUCUUCCCACCUUUCGAGGCCACAGCACCCAUCGUCCUUAGCCAGUUGUUUCGCACCAUUGACGAACGUUACCACGGUGAUGCUCUGCAGUGCAUGCUGGACUUCCUAAUUCCCACCAAACACUUGCUGGAGAGUGUCCAACAAGCAGCAUGUGCUGGAUUCUCUGAUGUGGUUUUCCGUUGUGAGGGCUGGCCUCUGUGUCUGCAUGACAAAACUGUCAUCCAGUUAGCGCCUGUGAACCCUUUGCUGUUGCGCCCUGGAGACUUCUAUCUGCAGGUGGAACCUUUUGGGGACCAAGCGGCACGAAUCGUCCUCAAAAGUCUUCUAGAGGAGGGGUGUCGAGAAGUGGAGGAGACCCCCAUCCCUGAAACUUCUUACCCCUGCAUCUUCACUGAAGACUGGCUGCAGGACAUCAAUGAAGGACGCCAUGGAACUCCUCUGUCUCGCUGCUUGCUUUGCACAGAUCAAGGAGUAAUUAAGUUGCCUUGGGCUAAAAUUGCCCUCCCCGAGUUCUUAGACAAGCCUAAAAUCUUGCCUAUCUGCCCGGAAACUCCUCCUGAACCAAAGCAGACAUCAGGUCCCGUCCAUUUUAAUUCUGCCACCCUCCCAGUGGAAGCCAUUUUUCUUCCGGGAAGAGACAGGAUGACAGCAUCUUUGAGGCCUGUGGUGUGUUCUUCCAAACUUGUAAAGAUGGAACAUGAAAGACGAGCACCAAAAUCAUGCCCCAUACCAUCAAUGAAACCAGUGGGUUGGGUUUCUCCUAAUACCUGGGAGAGUCAUAACUAUCAAGGGAUAGAGGGUGAUUAUGUAGACCUGGUGGAUAUUGCAAAAGGGAAGGAGUUUGCGGAUAAACAGAGAGACAGUCACCCUAAUCCACCUAAUUCAGUAUUGUUCAAACCUGUCAGAGCGCCUCCACCUGUCCCACUUGGAAAAAAUCUUUCCUGUGGUCAAACCCUUCAGUUCACAGAGAAGCCGUGUUCACCAUGCAGCCAGCGAAAGCUAGGUCAGGAUCCCAAUGACCAAGACUUGAAGUGUAGGUACAGAGACUCUUACCUGGCAGCACUGAGAAACCCAGUCGCUUUUGAGAGGGGGAGUGUAGACCUCCUGGCUGCCUUAGAGGAAAUUGGCCUCAAUGAGGACGGAGAGUUAACAUCAAAGGCUACGUUUGAAGCUCAAAAUGACCAACUAGGAAGCGUUCGCAACCACUGCAAAGAACCAAUGUUAAGUAACCUACCCAGCAAAUACAAACACAGCUGUGAACUGAUACCAGAGAACCUUGUGUCUAACCUUCCUCCUAGCUAUGAAUCUGAAAACCUCAUGAAGGAAUCACCCACCAAUCUGAAAUCAAACCCGGGUUUGAGCCAUAGUCAGAAAGUUCUGACAAAAGUAAUUUCCCACCAACUAGGACAUCCAAAUGAGUCAUCUGCAACCUGUGAUGGUGACAUGAAACCACACCAGAAGGCAGAAGUUGUGAAGUCAUCGAGCAAACACAAAGUUAAAGCGAGGUCUCUUUCCACUGUAUCAGAAACUGCUACAGGGAGUCCACUACUCUAUAAACUUAACCCCAGAAGUCACAGUGAUAUUUGCCCUGAAACUAUCACCAGCAUAAUCCAGUGUAAAAAAGGUGCUCCAUUGGACCGGGAGAUUCCAAAGCUGGAAAGACAGAAGUGCUCUAAGAAAGACUCCCACUCAAGCAGAAGUGAAACUCUGUUCACUGGCGAGGAACCUGGCUCCAAACUCCACAACUUAAAGACAGCAAAAACAUCUUCCCCACAAGCCCCCUCUUCAAGUUUGGACACUCCACCAACAGAAGAAUCAAGUUUCAGAAGGAUCAGCGGCCUGCUUGAACUGGGAAUUAUAUGUUUACCAGGCAGCAGGGACAGGACUGGCAGGGCAGUGGUGGAGGUCCAUGGUGACAGGAAAGAGUGGAUGUCCCCUCUUGUGUCAGCCCACACUGUUUGUGAAUUACUACUCUACUUACACUCAAUACCCAGGAAAGAUGUCCGAGAGCUGGGAAUGACUUUGGUCAUCAAUUCCAGGAAAAAGCCUCCCCCGCUUCAUCUCUACAAAGCUCUGCUCAUGGCACAGGAGCAAGCUCUCCACACCGUCCACAGUGUCGUCAUGCUGAUUGAUAAAGACACUUGUCCACGACCUGAAAAACAACCUGGUCUGCAGAUGGACAUGGUUACCUCUAUGAAAGCCCUAAACAAGACAGUGGAAGCUUCACAGCUGACAUCGGACCUGGGAGGGAGCUUCACUUACAGUCACGCCGACUGGCUUCAGUUCCACCAACGGCUGGUUUCUUUCAUGACCGACCUAAGGGGGGCAGACAAUUUGCUGCAAAAGGCCAUCAAGAAAGUUGAUAGCAGAAAACAACUUGACACGGCCACGGAAGUGCGGCAAUGCAUUCAAGAACAGAAGGUUUCAAUGAAAGAGGUGCUGGAGGAUACUAGACUGGUGACUCUGCAAAGGGAAGGAGGAGCUUUACUGGCCAGGAUGAAGAAAGAGGAGUUCAGAUUUCCACAUUCUGAGGACUACAGAGAUGCGCUGGAAUCAGCGACGAGGCUGUACAACCAAGUGGAGGAGAAGCUCCACACGCUGGUGAUGAGAUCGAAUGAGUCCCUGCAGCACCUGGAGUUCCUCUUCAAGCUCAGAGAAGUCGAGGCCAAAAUCAGCACGGCUGGUGUGUGGUUCAGCACAGAAGGUGAACAGAGACUGAAGGAGCCUUACGCAACCGAGGAUGGCGUGAUGUGCACUGAAAAGGCCUUGCAGCACUUUCAUCUGUUUCUCACUCACUCCAAGGAGAAACAACAGAGCGCCUUGACCCUUGUGACGGAGGCAGAGCGUAUCGUCAGUGGCAGUGACUCCAGUCCUGCCACAGAUGUUUUUCGGACUUUCAUCAGCACUUUUAAAUCCAACGUAGAAGAUUUUAUGUUGCGGGCAGAACAGAAAUACAGACACCUGGACACGCUGGUGCAAGUGUGCAGCUUUUGUGAAAAGGCGUCUGCCCUGGCCAAAGAAUGUAGUCAUUUUUUGGAGCAGGUAAAGCAGGGGUGUGACUCGGCUCAGACCCUAAGCACACUCCAAAUGUAUGAGGAGAGAUUAAGUGGCGAAUUCUCCACCCCAAACUUCCAGACUCAGAAAGCUAAAGUCUGCGCCAUGGGAUCAGGGCCUUCGGGGCUGAUGAGAAUGUGGAAUGCAGCCUGGGUCCAGUGCCAAGAAGUCAGGCAGCGUCUUGAGGCCAUGCAGAAAAAGAAAAAAGGCGUAGAUAAGAACCAGAUCCAGCCGACCACAGCUGCAAAGCCUCACGGGGAACACGGAGAACUGGAGUGGGAGAAGAAAAAGAGUAAGGUGGGGGAAGUUCAAACCUCCCUGGCCUCAGAGCCAACCUCUCAUAGAGAGGUACUCAAUAGUGCGGAAAGUGCAAAACAAAGCCCCGCUGGAGCAUGCCUUAACAACUUCUCGAAAAUUGAGUUGCAAGGAAGCAAAAGCAAUGAACCAAACGAGCUGCAGUUACUUGAAACGCCAAUUCAAAAUGGAGAAACGAGUCCCGCCCACCCACAAAAGGGUAACUGUCACCCGGAAAGCACAUGGAGGCCAAGAGAGCACCACAGCGAAGCAGAUCUCAGGAGUGUCAGCUCGACUGAAAGGGGCGAGGAUUCUCUAUUACACCAACCUCUGGGUCGGUCCCUAAGCGAGGGCUCGCACGUUUCCUCUCAUUUGACCAGCCUCUCUGGCUUUUCACUCCUAAAUGUAAGUCACAAACACUGUCAGAGUGGGACCCAGUCACUGGAACAAAAUCUGCAGCUCACCCAAAAUCGGCCUGUUUCCCAUAACGAGAGCGUAACCCAAGAAAACACGAGUGGCCAGUCAAAAAAAGGCACUAACGAAGGAGAGGGCGAAGGACCUGAAGAUGUAAAGACUCCGGAGACAUUACUCACCCCAACAGAAAACGAUUUCAGCAAUAUUUUGAAACUGCGAAGGAUCAUGGAUGAGCUUCUGUCCACGGAGAGGGAGUACGUGAAGGCUCUGGGUUAUGUCAGAGAGCAUUACUUCCCCGAGCUGGAGAGGCCCGACGUCCCUCAGGACCUCAGGGGCCAGAGGGGGAGCAUCUUCGGCAACUUAGAAAAACUGCACGACUUCCACCGGCAUCAUUUCCUCAGUGAGCUGGAAAGCUGCAUGAACGAGCCCUUCAGAGUGGGACGCUGCUUUCUCCGCCACAGAGAGAGCCUUGCUUUGUAUGCCCUUUACAGCAAGAACAAACCUCAGUCUGAUAGUCUCCUCAUCAAUCAUGGGCAGGCUUUUUUUAAGCAAAAGCAGCUAAAGCUUGGGGAUAAAAUGGACUUGUGGUCGUACUUGCUGAAGCCGGUGCAGCGCAUCAGUAAGUACAGCUUGCUGCUGCAGGACAUGAUGAGGGAGUGUGGUCCGGGACAAGCCAGAGAGCUCGCCGAAGUCAAGGCAGCCCUGGAGGUCAUUCACUUCCAGCUCCGCUAUGGCAACAACCUGCUGGCCAUGGACGCCAUCCACCACUGCGAUGUUAAUCUGAAGGAGCAGGGGCAGCUGAUACGCCAGGAUGAGUUCUUGGUGACAUUCAGGAAGAAAAAAUGCUUCCGUCACAUAUUCCUGUUCCAAGAACUCAUUCUCUUUAGCAAGACCAGAAAGACGGACGUAGGGAAUGACACAUACAUCUACAAGCAGUCGUUCAAGACGUCAGACGUUGGCAUGACCCAAAACACCGGUGACAGCGGCUUGUGUUUUGAGAUCUGGUUCAGAAAGAGGAAAAGUCAAGACACAUACACACUGCAGGCAGUUAGCCGGGAGGUGAAGGAGGCCUGGACCAAGGACUUGGAGCGGAUCCUAUGGGAACAGGCUAUAUACAACAGAGAGGUCCGGAUGCAGGAACGAGUAUUCUUGGGUAUUGGAAACAAACCUUUCAUGGACAUCCAGCCCAGUGAGGCAGCUAUCAAUGACAGAGCCAUCAACUAUGUGCUCAUUGGAAGAGAAAACAAGGUGUUGUCCUCCGUGGGAUCAUGUGGAUCACAUGAUGAGUUUCCAGGAGGUCGGCCAAAGUCCGCUGGUUCAGGCAGCUGCUCUUCUUCCUCCUCUUCCUCAGGAAGGGGUUCCCUGUCCCCCGUCGGAUAUAUGUAUGGGCCAAAGCGGAGGGUGGAUACAUACGUGUCUCCCCCUGGAGCUCUGGAGGAGGAUGACCUGGACCAUGAGAGCGGAAGUCCAAACUUACUGUUGGACAGCUCUGAGUCAUCAGGAGAGAGCGUAAGCGGCUUCAGCAGUUGCAGUCACAGCAUCCACUCUGCUGCUGGAGGAGAGGCGGAGGACAACUCACCAGCCUGCGUCUCCAUAAUCGCUGUUAAGGAGAAAGCGGUUGCCAAUUUGACCGAAUCUACCACAGUCAUCCAAAAGCCAAACCUUCUGGCAGGCCCCACAGACAAAACCCAACCACCAGUUGCGCCGAAGCCCAAGCUCAAACCCAAACCACAACACCAGACCAAGAAUCUGCCCUGCGGCAAGGAUCAGAGUACGACUGUUGGAAAGUCCACUGAGGUUUGACUUGUGACAUGCGGUACAAGAUCUGGUGGAAACCCCUUUAAAGCAUGAAGUCUGUUCACGUCAACCCCGAAAGUUGAACAUCCCUUUAUUCCAGCUGUUACUGUAACCUAUUACCACUCUGUAAAUAAGACUUUUUUUAUAUAUAUAUCACCACUAAAACAAUAGGUCAGGUAAUUGUUGUGUAUUUUGAACAUAAACGGUGAUAAAUGUAGUUUAUCAAAACAUACCAUGGCUUUACAUUGUGCACUGUAAAUCAGUCUAGUUUUAUGGCUUGAGCAAAGGAUCAUAGAGUUGCCACAUUCUUUGUGUAUGUGCUUAUUUUUUAUAACAUGAUGCUAAAUUAUACUGUAGCGUGAAAACAUUCAAUCAAUUGUGAAAUUCAAAAAAUAUCAUUCACACAUACAUGAUGCCAUCUUCAAUGUUUUGAAUUAUUUUGUACAAAUGUUUGAACCUUAACUGCAGCUUGUGUGUCUGAAAACACAAAUUAAACGCAACUACUCAGUCUUAUCUUUUCACUGACAGCUCUGUAUAAACUAUGUAACUGGUAUGAAUAAUGAUCCAUAUAACAGUUGUACGGCUUACUAUUUGAAAUACAAACUAUUUACAGUGA